AAUCUACACGAUACGCUUCCCCCUCCCAUUGAACAAGGGACAAACGCUACUAACGCCGGCAGCCUGAAAUAUUGCCGUUCUUUUUGAGCGCAAAGGUAGAAGUGGACAAAGCGUAAUUACAGGGACAUUCAAUAUUUACGGCUAAAAGAUAACGGGACGCAGAACAAUACGGUCCUCUCAGGCAACCUGGAACAACAGAGGCGAAGGCACCCACACUGAAACCACACAGGCUUCACCGACCAACUACCGGCAUUAAAACUAAACACACACAUACAUACACACACACACACACACACACACACACACACACGCACGCACUGAGGAGUUGUGGACCAGCGUAAAUGGCUGACAAACAGAUCAGUUUGCCUGCCAAGUUAAUAAAUGGAGGCAUUGCUGGCCUGAUUGGUGUCACCUGUGUCUUUCCCAUUGACCUGGCCAAGACCCGCUUACAGAACCAGCAGAAUGGCUCUCGUCUCUACACCAGCAUGUCAGACUGCCUUAUCAAAACCAUUCGAUCAGAAGGUUAUUUUGGGAUGUACAGAGGUGCUGCGGUGAACUUGACUCUCGUUACUCCAGAAAAAGCCAUUAAGCUGGCGGCCAAUGAUUUCUUCAGGUUCCACCUCUCCAAGGAUGGGCAGAAGCUCACCUUAUUCAGAGAGAUGCUGGCAGGCUGUGGGGCAGGCACAUGCCAGGUCAUUGUUACGACACCCAUGGAGAUGCUGAAAAUCCAGCUGCAAGAUGCAGGCAGAAUUGCUGCUCAGAGGAAGCUGAUGCCACAGGCGGUGUCACCAGGGGGACCAGUGGAGGUGAAGAGUCCCACUGCCAUGCAGAUCACACGGGACCUACUGAGACAAAAAGGCAUCGCUGGACUCUAUAAAGGGCUGGGAGCUACACUGCUCAGGGAUGUUCCUUUCUCAAUCAUCUACUUCCCUCUGUUUGCUAACCUGAAUAACCUGGGGAAGAAGGGAGCAGAGGGCCCUGCUCCAUUCUACGUCUCCUUCAUAUCCGGCUGCGUUGCUGGCAGCACAGCUGCUGUGGCAGUCAACCCUGUAGAUGUGAUUAAAACCAGGUUGCAGUCACUAACACGUGGCAGUCAAGAGGAUACAUACAGUGGAGUGACUGACUGCAUCAGGAAGAUUCUGCAUAACGAGGGUCCUGCCGCCUUCCUGAAGGGGGCGUACUGUCGCGCCCUCGUCAUCGCCCCGCUCUUUGGCAUCGCGCAGGUUGUCUACUUCUUGGGCAUGGGCGAAUUCAUCCUCAGCUUCUUGCCGAAGCGGAGCGACUGAGCGAGCGUCAGCUCCUGCCCCCGGCUGUGCUUGCGCGCCCGGUCACCCUCUGUCCCUGCACCCCCUCCAUGUCUCAGCUGCUCGUGUCACCCAGAGGGUCGAACCCUGAUGUGGAGACCAUGUUAGGUGUUUACAUUAGUUUGUCAGUGGGGUUUCGUGAAAGUAGGUGUGUUUUUCUUUAUGACUGUGAUGAUCAUGUGGAGUCCAGAGGCGAUCUAGAGCGAGCGUUUGCCAAGAUGCCUGAGACAGCCAGAUUGUCCUGACUCAGGUCAUGAAAAGCUCUCAUGUAUGAUGUUCGAAUCAAACAUGUAGUUUUAGCAAUUACUUAGAUGGCUUAUGGAGAUUCAUAUAAAGUCUUUUUAAUGCCACAUACUGACUCUCCAGUUGACGAUUACAUUGUCACUUAUGACAAUCUGAAAAUAGUGACCUUGUUGGGUCUGGGUUAAAUGAUCGCAGAUAUGGUUUUAAUCUUGUUUUUAUUUGCUGAAAAAGGAGAGAAACUGUAGUGCUUUUCCAAAGCCUUGGCUUAAUUAGGAAUAUCUUUUUAUCUGUGAACAACCUUGAUACAAUAUCUGUGUACAUGCUUGCAGGUUUGUGUGUGAUGCAAAAAACUGAUAACAGCCCCAGACUGACUGCAGAUCUGGGUCCACACACACACACACACACACCCACACCCACACACACACACACACAGAUGCUGAUGUUAAAUCUGAUGUUAAGAGCUGGUAGCACUACACACAGGCCAGUGGGUUCAUAUCAGCUAUAGCCAUUUCCCACUAUAGCUUUUCAUCUCUGCAGAGAUAAUCAAUGAUACUAGACAAAUCAUGCAGAGGACUGUUUGAAGAACCUCAGAUCAGAACAUGUCUGCCAAGUGCUGACACUUAGCAGGUCAUUACAUUAUAAACUGAUGCAACCAAUGCAAGGCUUUGUCACCAGCAGUCUUUUCUGUAUAUACAUGCCCAAAUCUUCAUGAUUGUCUAGAACAUGUUUCUAUAUUUGAAAUAUACAAUAUACAUUUGAAGGUGAGCUAUUUUAUCAUCUACAUAACUUUGAGCUUUAUGGUACAGUUCCAUCUUCAUUAAGUUGUGGUGAGGUCUGCAUGUUUGUGCGUGGGAGUGGGGAUAUGAUAGUGGUUUAGUUGCUAUGGAAAAGAAGAGUGAUUUUCCUUAUAAUGUUAUAUUAUUAUUACAUAAUAUAUAGUAUGCAUGUUCCUUAUAAUGAUUUUCCUUAUAAUGUUAAACCGUUCACGUGCUGGGUUCAUUGUUGGACAUAAAUCAUACUAAAUUACAAUGGCAUGGGAUUACAAUGAGGGACUUGAAGGAUUACCUGAAUACAAGAUCUGAGGCCUAUAUUUACAGAAAAGAUAGACUUCUAACAUUACCUUCCUAUCAUAAGUGGAAAAAAGGAAAAGGUCAGCCACCAAAUGUAAUUUUUUUUUUUUUUUUUGCUGAGCUAUUACUUUAAAGGAGCAGUAACAAUGUCCAGUUUCACUUAUCUGUUAUACUACCACCACAUUUAGCAGCUCUCAGGAGGUUACCUAACUAGUCAUGAGGAUAGAAGAGGCCGUAAUCUGACCUCUACCCUUACAGAAGGUUGAUUGCUUCUGCUGUGUAUUCUAGAUAUGGGUAUUCUGAAAGUAUGUCCUUCAGAGUCACUUUUAUACACUGCAGUGCCUGGAUCAGGGCUUGUUACAGAAUCGUAUGAUGGGCAAACAUGUUUCUCUCUGCUCACCUGUCCCCACUUUCACAGCCUUAUGCUAGGGGAAUGUGUGUUGGGAAUGAAAGUAUGUCCUGGUUGAGUGGCCUGACAGGAGACUGGCCCUCAUGCAUUGGUAUUUCUUCACAAGCAUGUUAUUUCUUUCCUGUGUGGGGAGCCUGAUUCCAGUCAAUCCUACUGCUGCUACUAACCCUUUCAGAAAGGGGAAACACUGUAGAAAGGUGGGGUUGAGACACUGAGGUAUCAUUCAGUUCUUAAAACUCCAAUGUUAACACUCUUUUUAUUAGUUUUAUUUUGGGUUGAAAUGGAAACUAAUGUUGCUCUUUUAGCUUUGUUUAGCCAACACAUAAUCUUAAAAUGGCAUUCUAACUGCUUCAUCAACACAAGCCUGUAAGUGUAAUAUAAAAUUUUCUCUCCAUUUUUCAUCAGCCUUUAGUCAUUGAUUUAAAUCCUCAGUCAGGAGUCAGUUUUUGGUGAUGUAGCAGCCAGUGUGUUGUGUCCUGAGGGUGGUGCUGUAUCAGCUACUGCUGCUCUAGAGGAACUUGGGGAGAAAAAACCCCUCCCCUCUGUCAUUCUCCUCGCAAGUCUCCACAGACCGAGCUGCCGUUACCUUCUGGCAUGGAGAACUGCCUUUUAGAGUAAUGUGGCUUUUACACAGCUGGCAAAUGCUGAAAACAGCUCUUGUUCUUGAAAGCCAAAAAGGAAUGCAAGGUGUGAUUGUGAGGUAGCUUGCAUUAGCAUAAGGAAGUGUAUUAAGUCAUUCUCAUGUUUGUUCAGACCUUCUAAUUUGGGGAUUUUCUCAUAUCUGAACUCAUAGCCUGCAUAUGGUGUGUUGUGGCCUGCCAUUGGCUGGUAAGGGAUGAAGGUGACUUUCAAGAUGGCUUUCGGGUCACCUGCACGCUCUGUUAAUGCUGUGCAGUGAAAUGGCAAAAGUACAUGAGUGAUGUUCCAAGACAUUCUCUGUUAUAUGCUGGGAAAAUUCCUCACACACACACACACACACACACACACACACACACACACACACACACACACACACACACACACACACACUAUAUAUUUGUAUCCAAUGUUUAAUUAGUGUUUGGAUGUUUGUAUAUUCAUUGCUGAUUACUUUAUGAUGUAUAUUUGGUGAUUAUAUUUGACCUCUUAUUCUGUUUUGGUUUUUUGUUUUGUUCUGUACACGAUGGCUUCUUUUGCACAUUUACCCCCCGUUCCCCCAAACACAUGCUGGGUGUUUUUUUCCCCAAAUGGCACUGCAUCAGAUUGGCAUCUUUGAAACAGAUGAUUAUCUCUCAGUCAAGUUUCACAGGCCUCUGUGAAACGCCUUUCCUUCUCGGUUCCAGUCUGGUCUCAGUAUGGCUGUCCAAAGUGAACGGAUCCUCCUGCUGGUUCCACUGAGCGCUGAGCAUGAGCUGACCUACAUAUCCAGCAUUUUGUAAGAUAAGGUAGCCUAUAUAUGCAACGCGGAGCAUCUGUAGCUCAGACGAGGUCUGCAGACUUUGAUGGACCCUCUAAUAUUGAGGGAGCCGUUUUUCUAACUGCCAAACAAACCCUGACCAAAUUCCUGCUCAAAUGACCUUUGCUCCCAAGGCCUGCUGUCAGCCUACCUCACUGGAGAUUAGCCGUGUAGUGUUAGAAUGCUUGUAGAUCUACAGGAAAAAGCCAUUUAAGCAGAGGUUUAUGCUCAGUCCAACAUGUCUACAAGGCAGAACUGAAAUCCAGAAGCCAGUUCACAUGGAUCUUCUUGUCCAGAUUUAGCUAGUUGGCCUUCUUUUCUUUUGGUUCACUUCUUAAUAGGACCAUUAAACAUCCCAGACCCUUUAUAUGAAAAUUUAAUAAUACAAUGCAAUUAUUUAUUAACUCUGUAUUUCCUGGGUCAGAUACCCUAGCACUUAAAUGGCUGCAAAGUUUGGCUGAUAGAAACCGUCUACUUGUAAUGAGGAUUGUUUACAUAUUUUCCCUUUUCACUGAGAUUUGCCAUCGGUUCCUUUGCAGUUUAAGCAUUAUGCUUCUUUGAUCAUGUUCACUGACACAUCUUACUCUAGUGACUUUAUGGAUGUGUCUCUGUGGCCCUGGGACCCUGGGACCCUGGGACCCUGGGACCUUGCUCUCCACCUCUGCCUUGCGUUUGUUCUUUUCCCAGCUGUCUUUUAGUUUGUUCUCUUUUCUGGCACAUUCCAAAUGAUCUUUAACAUUCUGUUUUAGCUCACACAACAGUAAUUAUUGUUUCUGUUUUUGUUUCUUUUAUUUUCAUCUCAUGAGACAGUUCGUGUUUUUUCUUUAUGUGCGCAUAGAAACUUAUUCCAAAUUGUGCUAUUUUGAAAACUUUCAUGUUUUAAUUUAAUUGUAAUUGUUUUAUCAGCUGUGAACUUUGACUGUAAAUUGGAAAUUGGUGGUGUAUUGCAUUGGGGUUGUGUAAAGUCUGUGUAAGUGUGUGUAUGCGAGACUGUAUCUGCGUACGUGGGUGGGUCUGGGCGGGUGUAUGUCUGUAGUACAUUUAUUUCCUGUUGUAAUGCUGAAUUGAAUGUCCCACCCUCAUCACCUUCUCCCUCAGCCCUUAGCUGCCUUUUUCUGAAUGGACAGGCAGAGACACCAAAAAGAACAUUUAUACUUACCAAUUACCAGGAACAACAAGCACAAAGAUUAAUCAGGCACAAUCUGUACACUUACACGCAUACGCACACACGCACGCACACGCACACACGCACGCUCACACACACACACACACACACACACACACACACACACACACACACACACCUCUUGGUAUAACAGAAACCAUAUAGUCUUUAUAUGAUAGUUUGGAAUAACUUAGUUCUAAAAUGUGUUGUACAGUAAAUAAAUGUAUUGAUUGAUUGUUUUAAACAUUAAGACAAAUCAGAGAAUGUACCUUUGAACAUUAUAACCAAUGAUAAAUAAUAGGAGAGUCUCCCAUUUAAUAGUUUAGAUGUUAGUUAAAUAAUAUUUGACUUUGUCAUGUCUGUAUAAAUAAUAUUGAUAGAAUAUAUAAUAACCAGCUUACCUAUAUGCAAUAAAAAGGAGACAGAUCACCAUAGGUACUAGAACAAGCCCCUCACAUAUCUGCAACACUGUCAUAUAAUGCAACUUCUACUCAUUCCUUUAUAGGCUGUAGAACCCCGCACAUCCCAAUGCCUUUAUCUUCUUCCUCCAAGAGGAAUAGUGCAGUGAAGCACUUUAAAACACAUACAUAGUCCAACAUCUCUCUUUGUCUCUCUGGGAUGGGGAGAUAUAUGUGAAGACAUUUAAGUGUGAAAGAUAUGAAACUGAAAUACUGCAAUUGUCUUCGUUAUUAUUUACCAUGCAAUACAUGGACAGUCAGAUUGUUGUAUUCCUUGUCACAGAUUGUUGUUCAAUAAAAUGAGUUUUAUCAGGAA